GUUCCCGUAGGCGGAUAGGGAAUUCCGGUUCCGGGUUUUUUCACGUCGCACUCGGAGACGUCCAUUCCCUUGAUUAUGUUAUUUUAUUUAACAUUGGCCUUGAUAGACCACAGAUUGUUAUAGAUAUAUUUCCACUAAAGAAACGUCGUUUAAGGCCCAAACAUGACUACCCGCUCGGAAAGAGAGAAAGCUCAGAAACUUAACGAGCAACACCAGGCCAUCCUGUCCAAAAUGCUGAGAGAGGAAGACAACAAGUACUGCGCCGACUGCGAGGCAAAAGGUCCAAGAUGGGCUUCAUGGAACUUGGGAGUGUUCAUCUGCAUAAGGUGUGCUGGAAUCCACAGGAACCUGGGAGUGCACAUAUCCAGAGUCAAAUCUGUCAAUUUGGACCAAUGGACAUCAGAACAAAUCCAGAGUAUACAAGAUAUGGGUAACACCAAGGCCAGACAACUUUAUGAAGCCAACCUUCCAGAAAACUUCAGAAGACCUCAAACAGACCAAGCGGUGGAAUUUUUUAUCAGGGAUAAAUAUGAAAAGAAAAAAUACUAUGGAAAGAAUGUGACCAAUGGGAGCAGUCCAAAGGACAAUAAGAGAGAAAAAGAGACAGACCGAGCAAAAAUAUCAUCUAGCAUUAAGAGUGAAGAACCUAAGCCAGUUUCAGUCAGCCCUGUGAAGCCUGCAGAGCCUUCUGUGAAUUUACUAGGCCUUGACACACCAGCAUCUUCAUCAUCUAACAAUGGUAGCUCGAGCACAACCCAGAACAAUGACCUGGAUAUUUUUGGCCCCAUGGUCUCCAACCCCCUCCCUGCAUCCACAUCGGCGCCUCAGUUUCCUCAGGUGAGCUCCAGUAAUGUUGCCAGUACCCCAACACAACCUCCAGCUGUAGCAGGAGGGGGUUCAGCAUCAGCCUCUGCCCAGAGCGAUCUCGACUUGUUCAGUGACAGCAGCAGUGCAGCUAAAUCAGAUGAUGCAACCAAAAAGCCCUUGUCAAAGGACUCGAUCCUGUCUCUGUAUGGCACCAAUAGCAUGCCCCAACAGGCUCCUGCAGCUGGCAUGUUCAUGGGUCCAUCCCAGAUGCAGUUUCCAGUCCAGGCUGCAGCUGGUUACCAGGCCUUCCCUGGAAUGGCAGGAGCCAUGCCUCCCACCACAGUCAUGGGAGCCAUGAUGGCUCAGAGUGGGGCAGCCAUGAUGGGAUCCAAUCCAGGCAUGAUGGUUGGCAUGACAAUGCCCAAUGGCUUUAUGGGAAAUGCUCCUGCCGCUGGAGUUAUGGGCAUGGCCCCCAGAAUGAUGGGACCUCAGGGGGGAGCUAUGCCUGCAGGCAUGGUGCCAGCUCAGGGCAUGUAUGCCCUCCAGCCGGGACAGCAGCCUCAGUGGAACAUGGGACAGAUGAACCAGCAGAUGUCAGGAUUGUCCCUGAAUGGGGCGGGUGCUCAAAUGGCCUUUGGUCAGCCUCAGACUGCAAUGGGAGGCUGGGCUGCUGCUGGAUCAGGCCAGACUCUGAGCACACAGCUGUGGAAAUGAGCCUUUGGGUCCAGGGCAGUACAGGUAGAGGCUGCAGACAUGGGAGAAUAGAGCUGCUCUACACCUCACUAUGAACUGUGGUCUGUUUACAACAAGGACCUGCCUUUAAACAUGACAAUUGUAUCUCUCUCUUUCCCUUUUCUCUGUCUCUCUUUCUCUCUAUUGUGUGAGUGAAUUGGGAGUCAUACAGGAGUAUAGCCUGGCAGUUUCUGCCUGUCAUAUGGUUUUUGAUCAUAACUUUUAUUUUCCUUUUUUGGAAAAAUUACAAGGAAACAACAGUCCCAACAAAUAUGAUAUUGACAUAUCAGAAAAGCUGCAGGACCAGUUACACAAGCUUUUAUUGUAUCACUGUAUCAUUAUAAGAUUAUAGAACAUUUAAAUGAAUAGUAUUUAAUGGGAGAGUAAGGACUUUUAGUCUGUCAGUGUAGCUCCCAAAUGUACAGCGCUGUAUAACCUUCUUUUAAAGUACUUGUGGUUCCUCUUAAAAAAAAAUAAAGUCAUAAUAAAUAA